AGGCUUCUCACCAGCCACGCGCCAAGUUCAAGUGAUCUCCGACGCGGAGGGACUGGCAUGGACAGCCAGCAAAUUGCCGGCGAAAAAGACCCUCAGGACACUCUUGCUGCUGGCCACACUGAGUCCGAGGCUCCCGCAGACACCCUUCCCUCUUCUUCACCACCACCACCGGAUGAAGAGAACCCGGCGGUUGCUCCAAGCAGCACUGUUUCCAACGACGAGGCUGCAAUACACACCAGCGAACUCACGCAAAAUGAACCACCGCUCAAUGCAGAUGACGGGCGCGGCUGGUUACCCCCCGACCAAGAUAUCAAACGCGUCAAGGUUUAUGAACUCGUGGGCCAACGAUGGGUUGACCAGGGAACAGCAUUUUGCUUUGGGGAGUACCAAGAGGAGACGGAACAGGCACAUCUAAUUGCUCGGUCGGAGCGCAACUUCGCUGAUGUCAUUCUUUCCACCCCGAUUCGUGCAAGCGACGUUUAUCAGCGCCAGCAAGAUACGCUCAUUGUGUGGACCGAGCCAAACGGGGCCGACUAUGCCUUGAGUUUCCAGGAUCCGGAGGGCUGUCUCGAAGUGUGGAACUUUAUUUGCGAAGUCCAGCAACAUAUUACCGGCCUUGAAGCCACUCGAGCUCUAUCCUCAUCCCCCGAUAUCGACGCUCCCGUUGUCACAACUCCACAACUUUUACGGAGUGGCCAGCUUCCACCGCCAAAGUUUGAAAUACUCAUCGACAUUGAGCGUGCCGUGAAGGGACUCCCCAGACAGAGUGCGGGAAGAGAGCGCAUAUGUGAACAUAUCAUGCAAGUGGAUUACAUCGGGACUCUCAUUCAGCUCUUCAAAGAGGCAGUGGAACUAGAUAUUAUCGAUAACCUGCUUGGAGUGUCUGGCCUGUUGCAAGCCAUCCUCCUGUUGAACGAUCACAAUCUCUACGAGCACAUCAUCACCGAUGAACUGUUCCCCGACAUCCUCAGUAUACUCGAGUACGAACCCGAGUUUCCCAUGCACAAAGCAAACUACCGCGAGUUUAUCGAAAAACAAGCGCAUUUCCACCAACCGAUACCGUUAAACGAUGCCACAUUGCAGCGCAAGAUCCACCACACCUAUCGUCUCCAAUUUCUCAAGGAUGUCGUUCUGGCUCGGGUUUUGGACGACUCAACUUUCAACGUGCUCAACUCGUGUAUCAUCUUCAACCAAAUUGACAUCAUCAACCAUAUCCAGGCUGACCACGGUUUCCUCCGCGACGUUGUGAAACUGUAUGUCGACGAGGAGAUGCUUGUUGGCGCGAGUGCUCCUCGGAAAACUGCUACGACAACAAAUGGCACCAAAUCACCGCCUCUUCCACCAAAUGAGCUACCUAACUCCAACGGAAUCACUCCCUCGGCUCACCAGCCCAGACGUUCAUCUGGCGCUUAUGCGUUUGCCCCACCAGAAGACUUGACUCCUGAAGAGAUUCGGAUCCGACGCGAAGUAGUCUAUCUCCUCCAAAGUCUGUGUGCAUUGGGCAAAAACAUUCAACUACCCGCGCGUAUGCAAUUGUUCCGCACCCUCGUGGACCGCGCUGUUCUUUUUGCCGUUCAAUGGGCCUUGGGACUACCAGAAAAUGAUCCCGAAUCCAGGUCUGUUUUGAGUGCUGGCGGCGAAAUCCUUACGGCGUUGCUUGAUCACGACGCUUAUGGUGUCCGCAGUCAUGUGCUGAAACAGGUCGGGGCCAUCGAAAAGGAGCGGUCAGCGGGAAAGCGUGGGGCGGAUAAAGCAGAGACAUUGGCGGAGCUUGUAUGUGGAAUUGUUGCGAAGAGUCAGAAUGUCGCAAUACAAAGCCAGCUCGGCGAUGCACUCAAGGUCUUUUUGGAGGUGCCUCCGCCUGGUGACACGGGUCCGCCACUGCCACCUUCGGAAGCUUCCCCUGGUGGUAUCCGCGCUUCACGCAAGGAUGAGCCUGGAAACGAGCGUUUCCUGGAAUAUUUUUAUCGAGACUGCGUCACUAUCUUAUUCAGACCCUUAUUAGAACUUCCGGAGUGGAAGUACGCGACUGACCCAAUUCUCUCAUUAACUCGAGAAGAAACGAAUCGCUUCACCUACCUCUGUGACCUGUUGUACAACUUUAUCUCGGGACAUAACUUCCGUGGAUACUUCUAUGUCGCGUCGUCACAAAUUCUGUCUCGUGUGCCCACGUUGUUUAAGGCGCGAGACAAGCAUCUACAGCAUGCUGCGUUUCGGAUCUUUCGGCUAUUAUUGAGGACUAAUAACGGCAAUAUGCACACACUCGUUAUGAAGCAUGAUCUCCUCAAGCCAAUACUCGAUCUGACUAUGCGGGAAUCGAGACGCGAUAACCUACUGAGUUGCUCAUGCCACGAGUACUUUGAUUACAUGAGACGGGAAAACGUGAAGGACCUGAUCAAGUUUUGCAUGACUCGCCAUGAGGAGGAUAUUCGAAGACUUGCCGAAACACCACUUGGGAAGGACCGCUACGUCAUGUUCAUUCGACGUUGGGAAAUUAACAAUGAACCCCCGCCGCCCGAGUCAGAGUCGAAACCAGAAAAACCUUCGGACAAUCCCCGUUGGCAGGCCGGUCAGCGUGUGCUUGAUGCUGAAGAAGAAGACUAUUUCAAUACCGAGGACGAGGAUGACUAUAUUCCGCCCAUAAGUCACCAGCAAUGGGUUCGCAGUCUUGGUGGCGGUGCUAGUCGAGGGUCGUCUCCGAUCCCGAAUCUCAAGCGGAAACGGAGGAUGGGGUCAAUCGGAAAUGGUCUUAUACCGCUGAACCUCAACGUGACCCAACGAUCAACUUCCCCGUCAUUAGGGCAGCUGAUGGACUAUGGCGAGGAUGAUGACGAUGCCAUCAAACGGCGCCCCUCUCCGACACCUUCAGAGGAUGGCGAUGGGCCACUAACACCACCCGCCACGGAUGAUGAUGAUGAGGAAGACAACAUGUUGGAAGCCCUCGUUCGCACUAAAUCAGCGCCUGGGCCGCCGCGCCUCGCCAAACGAAGGCGAACAGAUGGGGAUGAUGACGAUGAAAUGCUGGAGCGCUUGACGAAAACGUCGAAAAAGCAGGACAGUGGGGCUCUGAACAAGGGGGGAGCACGGACAUUGACGACCAAAUCAGGAGACGACCCGCCCCCACUCAAAAAGCUCAAACUCAAGUUUGGGAUCGGCGUGUCGUCCGUCGUACAGGCUGCUACUGCCGCUGUAACGGACCUGAAGAACGGUGCCAAAGACGGUGAUACGGGUUGA